AUGAACAUGAAUUAUCCUGUUCCUGAUACGAGGUUCGAACAAACUUUCAAAAGAGCGCUGGUGAGGGAGGCUGAAAGAGAAAGAGCAUCACAAUGGAAAAAAAUGGGACUGCAAGACCCCAAGGCUAUUUCGCAGCUUCAGAAAGUCAAGCCACCAACAGUAAGCAAACUAGUUGUCUGUAAAGUCAUUUUUCGUGACGUUUUUUUCAUGCCUUUUGUCCAAGGUAUCAUUUGGACAACUGCUUUGAUAGCUUUAAAACCCUGGCUGGGAUUGGUUGUCAAGAACGGUAGAAAAAUUGGCUCUAAGGUAUAUAGAAUGGUUCUUGGAACAGACCUUCUGAAAGUGCCAAGAAAUGUAUGA